GCCGGGCCGAGCGGGGAAGGGGGGGGUGUGGGGGGGGCACACGGAAGAUGGCCGUGUCCGUCCUGCGGCUGGCGGAGCUGGGCCUCCACGGAGCCGCCUUCCUCUGCGGCAUCGUCUGCGCGUCGGCCCUCACCGUGGCGCAGGGAGAGUUCGGAGGCCGGUGCGUCCUGUACGGCACGGUGAGCUGGAACGGGAGCGCGCUGGUGCCCAGGUCCUUCAGCCACAUCUCGCUCUGCUAUUUCGUCUCGGCCGUCUCGGUGGCCGUGGCCCUGUGCUGCUUCUCCGCGCUGCUCUACGGCAUCUACGGCUGCUGCACCGAGGAGUCCCGGUGGGACCGCACCUGGCUCAGCAUCGCCCUGGUCGUCGCCUUCGUCGUCCUCUUCUUCCUCCUCGUCUCGGCCUGCAUCCUCCGCGUGGGGAUGGACGCGCUCUGCGCCUCCAUUGUGCAAACCAAGAGUUUGUCCGGCUGCCAGGAGGCUGAGCGCAAGCCGUGGGCGUCCUACAGCCCGACCCGCUUCUACAGCAACCUCUACAGCGCGCAGGCGUCGGCCUGGGUGAGCGUGUCCCUGUGGUGCCUGCUGAGCGCCGGGCUGCUGCUCCGCCGGAGGAUGGACGUGCCCUUCCCGCGGCCCAACGCCCCCGAGACGGAGCCCAUCUUCGGGGGGCGGCCCUGAAGGCAGCGGGGGGAAGGGGCGCGGGGGACACGGGCGGGGACGCCGGACACCCCCACCCCCCCACCCCCCCCCAACCGUCACGGAGGCGUUUUUGGGUGCGGAGCGCCAUUAAAGAUGACGUUUCCCCCGGAAAAACGCCGGGUCCGGCCCGGGGCGCCGCGCGGGUUUUCGGGGAGGGGGGGAAGUGGCGGGGCAGGGGGGGUCGCUCUGUCGUUAACCGGGCAGACGGGGGUGCACCGCUCCCGGAGGCACCGCAAUACCGGGACGAUGCGCGGAGCGGAGGGAGCAAGCUCCGGGGCCAACUCCCAGCACCAAAAAGCCGUUUAAUACAGAGCCCUCUCCUCGCGGCCGUAUCAGACAUUAAACUGAUAAGAACAGGCACUGCACGUGACCUUAGCCAAAAGGCCGAGGAGCGAGACCUCACCCCCCGCC